CCCUACUCGCGUCACCAAGCGGCAGCUGUACUCCGGGCAGGAGCCGUGUCCAUAGCAACGGCGGUUUGAAGUCUCAAACAGAGUCAUCGCUCACUCUCCGCUCCGCUGCCAACAUGCAUUCACAGAAACCCCCGGUACUCGAGAGCAACCACCUGCAACCAACAAUAUCUGGUGUAAAGACAGAGAACAAUGCAGUCAAUGGCAACAUCUCCCAGAUCCCUGGUCUGUCUGCAGCCUUCAGCUCUCCUGAUGAGAGGGCCCGAGGUCGAAGGGUCGCGGUCCUGGACAGUGACUCCGACUACGUCAAGCUCGCGAAACAAGGAGGGCACAAAGGACUUUUGUGGCAUGAGGAAAGCAUUGACGCUAAACCCCAGGAAUACAAACGUCCAGGCUGGUUCUGCGCUCCGUCAGAGGACAACUGCAAACCGAGUCUCAUUAACAGCAAUGAAAAGAGGAACCCUGGAGCUUUUCAAGCACGAGAACCCCCCUUUGGGACUGACAACAUGUCGGCCUGGGAGAGGGGCGACAGCAGCAGCGGCAAAGAGAAGGACAACACUGUUCAUUACAGCCAGGAGGAGAAAUUGCAGUCGCCCAAACAAUAUCAAAAUCUUGAGACCAGCAAAUUCCGGAGGAUAGUCUUUGACAAGAAUCCAGCUCCUGUCGACAUGUCUAAGCUGCUGAGCUUCGGUUAUGCAGACGACAACAAACCGACAGCCAACACUCACGGGUCAAGAAAGUAGCACAGUGUUUGUGACGAUCAGAAGACUGCCAGUGUGGGGACAACUCUUCCAACGGGAAUAUUUGCUCUCGUCUGACAAACAACCAUUUCUUUACCCCGUCAUGCUGAGCCACAUCAAAUAUGCUUCUUAGUUUCAAUUGUGUUCUCAUGUCAGAUGUUGUUAUUCAAGUGUGAAGGUGCAUCACUGAAACAAAGCUUGGACCUUUCAUAUAACGUGCCUGUUCGUGGCGCGUCCUUAACUGCACUGUCAAGUGAGGAAGGAACCAGAUAAAUCCUGCGUUACUUUUUUUCUGUUUCUUUCACACUGUAAAAAGCCGCUUUCAGAAAUAAAAAAAAUCUGAUUUGGACAAAUUUAAAA